AGUUUCGGCACUGCGUUAUCUGCCUGCUGCUGUUACCGAGGUCGAAGCGGACUUUCCAGGGGAUGCGGUGCUCGGGGUCCCUCGCCUGCAGAAGGGUCCGAUCACGCACGGUCCUCUCCUCCUAAAUAAGAUCUAAGUCCAGUGGCGAUGAGCUAGAUGUGAUGCAGAGGAGACACAGCAGUAACACCGAUGGCAUGCCCCCUGAAAGGAGCAGGAGCCAGACAAUGGGGUCAGAGAGCAGUCUGGAUGAAGCUGGGGUGUUCGACUGCCUGAAAUCUGACCCCUCACCCCAGCAGCUCUUCUCUGGCCUGGUGGGCGUCCCGUCCGCCAACGUGGCCUCUGUCCCAUUCCAGGCUGCCGGCUUGGUCCUGGGCUCCCCGUCCGAGGUCUUCAUCCAGAUGGCCGCAUCCUCCUCCCGGGAGGAGGGCUCUCACCGGCCAGAGAGCAGCCCCUACCUGCCGCGCCCCCCCCAGCCACACCUCCACCACCACCACCAUCACCACUACCACCAGCCUUCUCAGCACCGUUCCUCCUCGUCCCUGCUGCAUGCGGCCGACCGCCAUGGCAGCGGGGACGACGGCGGAGACGACCCCUCCACCCCCGCGCCCGCACUGUCCGAGCUGCGAGCUGUUGUAUCCUGGCUCCAGAAAGGCUUCCCCUUCAUCCUCAUCCUCCUGGCCAAAGUUUGCUUUCAGCACAAGUUGGGCAUUGCUGUGUGCAUCGGGAUGGCAAGCACUUUCACGUUCGCCAACUCGGCUCUCAAGCACCAAGUGUCGUUACGGGAGAAGAGGUCCGUUUUUGUCACGCUCUGGAUUCUGGCAUUCCUGGCUGGGAACACCCUGUAUCUCUAUUACACGUUUAGCACUGAGGAAUUAUACAACAGUUUGCUCUUUGCCAAGCCAAACAUGGACAGCUUUGAUUUCUUUGACCUGAUCUGGGUGGUGGGGAUCACCGACUUCGUCCUGAAGUAUUUCACUAUUGGGGUCAAAUGCCUCAUCUUGUUUCUACCCAAAAUCCUCCUUGCCUUCAAGUCCAGGGGGAAGAUCUACUUGAUGAUUGAAGAGUUCAGCCAGCUCUUCCGGGCUCUGGUGCCCAUCCAGCUGUGGUAUAAAUACAUCAUGGCUGAGGACCCAUCUGGCAGCUAUCUCCUUGGGGCUUCCCUCAUCAUCAUCUACAGCCUGUGCAAGUCUUUUGAUGUUUGCGGACGAUUAGUGGGAAUAAGGAAAGCUCUAAUGAUCCUGUGUAGCUCCCAGAGUUUCGGCGUGAGAGCGAGCAGCCAACAGUGUAGUGAGGCGGGGGACCUCUGUGCCAUCUGUCAGACCCAGUUCCGGGACCCCAUGGCUCUGCUGUGCCAGCACGUUUUCUGCGAGGACUGCUUGUGCCUCUGGUUCGAGCGGGAGCGCACGUGCCCUCUGUGUCGCUCCUCGGCUGUCGAGACCCCACGUCCCUGGAAGGACGGAACCACCUCCGCCCACUUCCAGGUGUACUAGCCGGGCUGGGUUCACAGCGACAACUCCAAGAAGCUGCCUUUCCAGGACCGUGCAUUUGCUCGGCAAACCCUUCCGUGGAAGACCAGUAAGGUCGACCGGCUGAAACUGAGCUUGCGUGUUUUAAAUCCUCGGUGUUCACUUCAUUGUGUGUUUACUUUUGAGUGAUAAUGACAAAUCGAUUGAGGCUGCCCUCUAGUGUUUCUGAGACUGAAGGACAAGUGUUUUAAUAUCAGCAUAAAAUCAUUACAUCACACUUAAAAAAUGGAAGGGAGUUCUGGAAAUCAGGUACUAUUACUAGAAGACAAUGAAUUACUGUUGACUCUGAAGAGAAGUCAGUUAUGUGGAAUAUGUGAUUUGUUUUCUGCAUGCUGCUAAACUGUAUUCUGUUCAUUUUUAAUGAAAUUUCUGAAACGGGGAAGUGUAAUUAAAACACCAAUUGAAACUGUAAUAUUACACCUCUAUUUAAAAUAUUUUGUGUUGCUUAGAAA